AUGGCUACUCUCCAAUUACCGCAACAAGUUCCUUCUCCUGCCCAAGACUCUGAAACCCUCCGAAAAGCGUUCCAAGGAUGUAUAACCGAUGAGAAGGCUGUGAUUAAAGUAUUGGGUCAUAGGAAUGCAGCACAAAGAAAGAACAUUGGAGAUACUUAUCAGGAAUUAUACAAUCAAUCUCUCAUUGAUUCUCUCAAUUCUAAGCUUUCUGGUGAUUUUGGUAGAGCAGUGAUGUUGUGGACAUGCAAACCACUAGAAAGGGAUGCAAGGAUACUCCACAAAGUGUUGAAUUCAAAGCAAAUAGGCAUGAAUGAAUUAGCAAUAAUCAUCGAAAUCUGUGUUACAUCGUCUCCAUCCCAUUGGAGGGCUAUAAGAGACUGCUACAAUUCCCUAUUUGAAUCUAACUUCCAUCAAGACAUGAGUUCUGAUAUUGUCCCACGAACAUUUGUAUUGAAUCUACUUCGGUUUAUAAUGCCUGUCAGGAAAAGUUUGCCAACUGUAGAUUUGGAUUCGGUAAAUGAUGACACAACCAAAUUAAGAAGAGCUAUUGAGUCCAAAGAAAUAUAUGAACUUGAUUUUGGCUCAAUAUUUAGCUGGAGGAGCUUCUUGGAGCUCAAAGCAAUUUUCGAAUCUUACCAUCAAAAAUAUGGAAAUCCCAUUUCGGAGGAUAUCAAGGAUUUUGGGGAUGAGAUGUUGGAAUCUUUGGUGAAAAUUAUGAUUAGAUGCAUUGUUUCCCCUGAGAAAUAUUUGGCGGAGGUGAUCAGAGCUGCACUUUCCUGUCCUGCGGGUAUAGAUCAUGAUUCGCUUACAAGAGUGAUUGUGCGUAGGGCUGAAAUAGAUCUGAUGAAAGUGAGAGAAGCAUAUUUGGAGAUGAACGAAACAACCCUUGACAAAGCAGUUAAAUGCAACACCUCCGGAAACUAUCAGGACUUCUUGAUGGUGUUGUUGGGACAUGUUGGUUUGACAAUGCAGUUGACCAUAAUUCUUCAGAAAACUAGAAAGCAUAUCCAGAGAGCAGGUCUUUUACUUGUGUACCUGUACAAACGAAUGCUUGGAGAUAAACAUGAUGUAUGUGCUAGACUGAACUAUGGUGUGAACCAACAUUAUAUCGUUAAAAACCUCCAAGAGCCUUCUGGCAACGGAUGUUAUCUGUUGCACGUUGAGGGUUUUAGUGACGGAUUAGUGAGGGGUUUUGAUGGAUGCUAA